UGGAUUUAAUUUAUUGCAAUUCAAGUUUUAAAAUGUCAAAAAGAAAAUGCAAAAGUGCAAUUUUCGAUUAUCUCAAGUCCACUUACAGCGAACUGCCUCUUUCUGAAAAUUUGACUUCUUAUCAGCUAUGUUUAAAAGAAUAUGUUAUUCAUUUGUAUAAUCAAAAUGGAUUUUCAGCUACUAAAACAGAAAAUUUUUUUUUGAAAGAUUUGGUCUCUGCAAAUGAGUCUCAGCCUCAGCAAAUACGAAUACUGUUUCCUGAUCUAGAAAAUAACAAGGCAGCAGAUAUUGAAGACAUUCUUUUUGGUGAUGUUAUUGGACGAAAUAUCUGCCACAUGUGGUAUGAUUCUGUCACUAACACUCAGGAAAUCUACUAUGGGCGAACUCUUAGAUUUAAAAAAAAUAAUAUUGUUGUAUAUAUCAUUUCUUACUGUAAACCAAAGGAGCGUGAGGACGAGGAUGCUAAUGAGUUUGAUAUGAAUAAAUAUCAACUUUCUGCUGAUAUGUGUAUACAUGUGUGUGAUUUGGCGUUAUCAGAUAAUACGAGAUCAAUGCUUUAACGAUAAUAUGCAUCUUUUGACUUUCUAUUAUUCAGCUAAACUCUUCAAAAAAAUAAAAUGGCUAUUUUCAUAGUCACAAUUUUCUUUAGAUUAUUAUUAGGCAUUAUUUCGCCCCUCAGGAUUUUGUGAAGCACCUAAGUACUAAUUGAAAAUAAAAUAAUAACUAUACAAAAAAAUAGAUAGAAGAUAGAAAGAAGAUAGAAGUUAUAAAUAAAUUCACCAUUUAAAGGCACCAAUAAAUUUAGUAACCAUAGCACAGUGGUUUAGCAGUUGUUGCGCAGUGGUUUGAGCAUUGGACUCGUAAUUCAAGGUUUGCUGGUUCGAUCUCAGCUCGAAGCAAUUAAACGUUAUUGGUGAAGUUGGAAACAGAAAGUUAUCUUAAUAAAUGCUAUUCUUCAUGUGGCGGUACUUGGUGACAAGACCAUUUAGACUUCUUAGAGCACCUUAAUAACUAAAAAAAAAAGUUUUAAGAUUUAAGAGGAGUAAGGACCUUACCACUUUUUAUUCGGCUAAUUAUUUUUAUAUUAUUAAAUAUUAUUUUUAUAUUAUUAAAUAUUAUUUUUCAUUUUC